AUGAGUUUUGGUUUCUCUGUGGGUGAUAUGCUUCACCUGAUUGAGCUGGCCCAGAAGACUCGGAGAUCGUUCAUUGAUGCGCCAGCUCAAUUCAGACAAAUAUCCGAAGAAGUUAGAACGCUCUCAAAUGUAUUGCGCGACCUUGAAGACGUUAUUCCUGAGCGAGCGCUGCCAGAGGCUCUCUCCGAGUCCCUUGGUGACCAUGUCGAUGUUUGUACCCGCUUACUGGAGGAGAUACAAGCAGUGUUACUCAAGUACCACUCUCUAGACGGUAAGAAUGGUAAAACAAGAAAAACAUGGAGGAGAAUUCGCUGGGAACCAGAUGACAUUAAAGAUAUGCGACAGCGAUUAACCUCCAAUAUUGUCCUGUUAAGCACCAUCAACGAUACUUUAAAUGGCCACUCGCUUGUCAAGGUACAGGAGGGCAUUGAUCGGCUUCACGACUUCAACGAAGACCAAGAGUUCACUACGAUCACGUCAUGGCUCUCAUCGCUACAAAAUGCAGCACAGCAUAACGAUGUAUUGACCAGACGCCACUCAGGCACUGGGAAAUGGUUCCUCACCUCUCAGCAAUAUGUUCAUUGGCGAGAGUCAACUCGCGGCACGCUAUUCUGCCCUGGUCUUCCAGGUGGAGGCAAGACCGUCAUUGCUGCAUCUGUUAUUGACGACUUACUGCAUAGGUUUGAGCCAGAGGACAGAGUUGGUGUCGCGUUCAUAUACUGCAGUUACAAGCGACAGCAUGAACAGAGCGUCCAGGAUUGUAUGGCCAGUCUGCUCAAACAGCUUGUUCAGCAACUACCCAAGAUGCCCCCGACUAUACGCAGUUUGUAUCGCCGGCAUAAGAACAACCAGACGAGACCAUCUUUAGAUGAGAUUGUUCAGGCACUUCAAGCUGUUAUUGACUCUCGUGAACAGGUCUACAUGGUGGUAGAUGCUCUAGACGAGUACUCCAAGACGGCUGGUGACUUGACGAACUUCUUGAACGGAAUCUUCCAACUACAAUCAGGGCGCAAUAUUAAUAUCCUGGCGACAUCGCGGCCGAAUAUUGCUGGUGUCAGGCGUUACUUGAAUAACGGCAUGGAACUGGAGAUCAGUGCUCGGGAGGAAGACGUGCGUCAGGUGCUGGAGAACGCAAUGCCCGGGAUGCCGAGCUGCAUCUCGAGCAAGCCGGCUCUCCAGAAGCAGGUUGUUGAAGGGAUUGCCAAAGCUGUCGAUGGAAUGUUUCUGCUCGCACGACUUCAUCUUGACUCGCUGCGUGAUAAGCUGCGACGAAAGGAAGUCCUCAGAGCACUUGAGAAUCUUCCCACUGGAGAAGAGGCUCUCAACAUUGCAUACACAGAAGCCAUUGACCGCAUCGACUCGCAGCGACCGGGCUGUCGUGACCUGGCCAAGUCGGUCCUCACGUGGAUCAGCAUUGCUCGCAGACCUCUGACCACAUCGGAACUCAGACAUGCGCUGGCAAUUGAGCCUGACGAGACAGAACUUGACGAGUGCAAUCUCCCCGAGCUUGAAGACAUGCUGUCUUUUUGCGAAGGACUUGUCGUUGCCGAUGAGAAAAGUAACAUCAUCAGCCUCGUGCACUAUACAACCCAAGAAUACCUUGACCAAGUCAGACAUAAGUGGCUUCCUAACUCCCACAAAGAGGUUGCCCUUAACUCUCUUGCGUACCUGUCGUAUGAUGACUUUGCCGCGGGUGCCUGCGAGAGUGACAGUGCUUUCGAGCAUCGCUUGCAUAAGCAUGUACUACUCGACUACUGUGCUAAGAACUGGGGCGACCAUGUGCGUGAUGCCAUCGACGAGGAAGUCAAUGAGGCAGCCCUUGAGUUUCUUGAAGACGAUCGGAGAAUCGCUAGUGCGGUACAGGUGCGAAUGGUGGCGGGUUACCAUUUCCAAGGCUACAGUGCCAAGGUGCCUGUAAAAAUUGGUGCCGUUCACAUCGCUGCGCAAUUUGGGCUUACCAAGAUUGUGUCUCAAUUACUUGACGACGACGCAGAGGCAGAUGUCAAGGAUGACUUUGGCAGAACACCACUGCCUUACGCUGCCGAAUAUGGCCACAAAGAUACCGUAGAACUGCUAAUGAAGCACACAGACACGGAUACAGACUUUGCGGAUGAGCAAGGUCGUACACCCUUAUCGUGGGCUGCAGGGCGCGGACAUGUCGAUGUACUCAAGGUCCUUCUCAAUUGCCCAGCUGUCAGUGCCAACUCAAAAGACUCUCACUCUCAAUCGCCGCUCUCAUGGGCUGCACGGAUGGGUGCUGCAAGUGCAGUGAGAUAUCUAAUUACGAGAAAUGAGGUAGACAAAGAGUCACGCGACAGAAGCGGGCAGACUCCGUUAUCCUGGGCCGCUUACAACGGGCACCUGGAGAUCACAAUGAUGCUGGCUGAGUCACCUGGAGUUGACAUCGACUCAAAGGAUGACUUUAGUCAAACGCCGCUCUCAUGGGCAGCUCACAACGGUCAUAUCGGCGUUGUUGCUUAUUUAUUGAGUACUUCUCGCGUCAGUGCCGAUACACCAGACGCAGAUAAUCGCACACCGCUAUCGUGGGCGGCACACAAUGGCCACGCCUCUGUAGUCAGACUGCUGGCGUCACGAUCGGACGUCAAUGCCGACAAGAAAGACAACAGCGGACAAAGUCCGCUUUCAUGGGCGGCGCGUGAGGGUCACAUAGAUGUGGUCGAGUUUCUCACGACUCUCGACGACGUCCAAAUCCAUGCUGCAGAUCGACGUGGAAAUACAGCGUUGAAGUGGGCGGCGUGGAAUGGGUAUGCGGACAUUGUGCUGGCCUUGGAGGCGAAGAGACAACGCGGUAGUGCCGAAAGACGAAUAUCGCUACUGAAGACUGAGUUUGAGACUACGGCGGAGCAUAUAGAGGACAUAUCCGCGCCUCAUGUUCAAAGGAUAGUGUGA